AGGCGAGCGGCAACCGCUGCAGCGGGCUCUCUGCGCCAAGAGGUGUGUGCGCGGUUCUUGCGUCCGUAUCCGCUAGUUGGGGGGUCUUCGACCAUUCAUUCAUUUGGCGGCGAUGGAUCGAGCGAGAACUCUGGCCGCAUCGUUGACGCCGUUCGCCCGGGCCCUGCUGUCCGAGAGGUGCGGUGCCGCGCGUCUGGCAAGCACCGGCCGCUUCGGCAUUCACCUGCUCAAGGUGCCCGCGCGGGGCUAUGUGACCCGCGCUGCAGCCGAGCCGUUCCUCAACGGCAGCUCGUCAGUGUACGUCGAGGAGAUGUACCGAGCCUGGACCAAGGACCCAAACUCCGUGCACAAGUCAUGGGAUGUCUUUUUCCGGGCUGCUGCGGCGGGGUAUGGCCCAGGCGAGGCAUACAGCUCUCCCCCUGCCCUGGCUUCAGCCAUGUCAACAAUGGCCGUGCCUCGGGUAGCUCCUGCAACAACGCCAGCACCCGGCCCGUCCAAACUUCCAAGCACACAGGCGGCACCGAGGGACAUCGAUGAUCACCUUUCAGUUCAAGCGAUCAUUCGGUCCUACCAGGUGAGGGGACACCUGGCUGCCUCGCUCGACCCUCUUGGAAUCGUCAACCCCAGCUCAAACUCGCCCCUAAAUCGAGAGCAGCUGCAUUCGCCCGAGGUGGUGCUUCGAAAUUACAAGCUAGAGGAGAAAGACAUGGAUCGCCUGUUCAAGCUUCCUGCAACCACAUUCAUUGGCGGCGAGGAGAGCACCCUGCCGCUGCGGGAGAUACUGCGGCGACUAGAGAAUGUGUACUGCACGAGUAUUGGCGUGGAAUACAUGUUCAUCAAUGACCUGGACCAGUGCAACUGGAUCAGGGAGAAGUUUGAGUCGCCCGGUGUCAUGCGGCUCAGCAAGGAUCGCAAGCGCCUGCUGCUGUCGCGCGUUGUUCGGUCCACCAAAUUUGAAGAGUUCCUGGCCAAAAAGUGGGUUUCAGAGAAGCGGUUCGGAUUGGAAGGUUGUGAGGUGCUCAUCCCUGCCAUGAAAACCAUCAUUGACCGAUCGAGUGAGCUCGGCAUUGAAAGUAUUGUCAUGGGUAUGCCUCAUCGGGGUCGUCUGAAUGUCCUGGCAAAUGUUUGCCGCAAACCUCUUGAACAGAUCUUCACCCAAUUCAGCGGACUGGAGCCUGCCGAUGAGGGCUCUGGGGAUGUGAAGUACCACCUUGGAAUGAGCCACGAGCGUUUGAACCGAGUGUCAAACCGAAACAUCAAGCUUGCUGUUUGUGCCAAUCCUUCGCAUCUGGAAGGUGUGGAUCCAGUGGUCCAAGGCAAGACUCGUGCUGAGCAGUUUUAUCGAGGCGACACUCAAGGCAAGAAGGUGAUGAGCAUCCUUUUACAUGGAGAUGCAGCCUUUGCUGGCCAGGGAGUGGUCUACGAAACCUUCCACUUGAGUGACCUGCCCGACUACUCCACCCAUGGCACCAUCCACAUAGUCGUCAACAACCAGAUUGGCUUCACCACUGAUCCCCGAGUGGCACGUUCGUCUCCCUACUGCACGGAUGUUGCUCGUGUGGUCAAUGCACCCAUCUUUCAUGUGAAUGCUGAUGAUCCUGAAGCUGUCGUGCAUGUGUCUACGGUGGCUGCUGAGUGGCGCAGUCGCUACGGGAAGGAUUGCGUCAUUGACCUGGUGGGCUACCGACGCAAUGGCCACAACGAGGUGGACGAACCCAUGUUCACGCAGCCACUCAUGUAUACCAAAAUCCGCAAGCAGUCAACCCUCCUCGACAUCUACUCUCGCAAGUUACUCGACGAAGGCGUUGUCUCUGAGAAGGAGAUUGAGGAGGAAAAGGAGCGGUACGAAAGCAUCCUGUCAGAGGCCUACAAGAACGCUGAGAAAGAGGACAAGUCCUACAACCGGGACUGGCUUGAUUCACCCUGGAGUGGUUUCUUUGGGGAGCGGGAUCCCAUCAAGUGUGACCCGACGGGUGUGUCUGAAGACGUCCUGCAACACAUAGGCACGGCGUUCAGCUCGCCCCCGCCGGGCAACUUCAAGAUCCACGCAGGCCUGCGGCGUAUCCUCAAGGCACGCGCUGAGAUGGUUGAGCAGAAGACGGUCGACUGGGCCCUGGGCGAAGCCAUGGCCUUUGGCUCCCUGCUCAAGGAAGGCAUCCAUGUGCGCCUCAGCGGGCAGGAUGUUGAACGGGGCACGUUCAGUCACCGGCAUCAUGUGCUGCACAACCAGACGAUCGACAAGACGACCUACCGACCCCUGUGUCACCUUUGGCCAGACCAGGCACCCUACACCGUCUGCAACAGCUCCCUAUCCGAGUAUGGCGUACUUGGCUUUGAGCUGGGAUUCUCGAUGACCAACCCCAAUGCGCUGGUAAUGUGGGAGGCCCAAUUUGGGGACUUCAUGAACACAGCCCAGUGCAUCAUCGACCAGUUCAUCAGCAGCGGACAGGCCAAGUGGGUCCGGCAGAGUGGCCUCGUCAUGCUUCUGCCUCAUGGCAUGGAGGGCAUGGGUCCUGAGCACUCAAGUGGCAGGCCUGAACGUUUCCUCCAGCUCUGCAGUGAAGAAUCUGACGUCUUUCCGACCAUCGAUGAGGACUUUCCCACACGUCAGCUGAACGAAAUCAACAUGAUUGUUGCCAACUGCACGACGCCUGCCAACUACUUCCAUGUGUUGCGGAGGCAGAUUGCCUUACCCUUCAGGAAACCACUCAUCCUUCUGACGCCAAAGUCAUUGCUGCGGCAUCCAGAGGCCAAAUCGCACUUCAGUGAAAUGACUGAAGGUACAUCGUUCCUGCGGCUGAUCCCCGAUAGUGGCCCAGCUAAGGACAAUGCAUCGGCCGUGCGCCGCCACCUUUUGUGCUCGGGCAAGGUGUACUACGAACUCACCAAAGAGCGCAGGGCACGCAAUCUCGACUCUGAAGUGGCCAUCACACGUGUCGAGCAGCUCUGCCCGUUCCCGUUUGACCUGGUGAAACAGGAGGUCGACCGGUACCCCAACGCCGAGAUCUCUUGGGUCCAGGAGGAGCACAAGAAUCAGGGCUUCUGGUACUUUGUCCAGCCGCGGCUACAGACUGUGGUUGCCCACCAGAAACCCAUCCAGUACGUGGGCCGUGCUGUCUCUCCAUCAACGGCGACGGGCAGCAAGCACACACACAAGAAAGAGUCUGAGAAGCUCCUCAAUGACAGUUUUGCUUGAGUGUGUUGCGUUAUUUGAAAAUGAGGGAAGAGGAAACUUUAUAUUUAAAUCCAAGCCAAGAUAAGGAAGUGUAUGACAGAGCUGCCGCUGUUGCCCAUUCCUUUUGUAGCCGAGGCCCACAUCUUGAGUGUUUAGAAAAUUGGCCUUAUGUGUUGCCGCAGCUUUAAUGGAUGGCACCAGCACAUCUUGGCAGUUACAGAGGUCUUCACUAGCUCUGUGCACCACAUGCUGUGGAGCAGAUCUGAUAUAAAUGGCCACGUCUACUGCACAGCAGGAUGAACUCUUGUGUACUGUUCAGGCAGUGUGGUUUUGUUUUAUUGUAGAAGUGUUUAAGGAAGGAGCAAGAUAUGAGACAAAAACAGCAGCCUGCUUUCAUGCAGUGUUAAUGAAUGUUGUGGCGCAGUAUGUGUUCCAUUGCGCACCAAGAGCUCAUUCUAUGUUGUGCAGUCUCUUGUCAUGCAAACUUGUCCCUGUGAAACACCAGUGUCUUGUCAUCCUUGCAAUGAAGGUUUAACAGGCCUGGAGUGCGAAGCAGCAAAUGUGCACAGUCUUUGAAUAUGAGGCGAUCACAUACCCUCCCAUCAGACAUUGUUGCUUCCUUGCAGGGGUGUGUGGUGUGGCCUUUGUUAUGCAGCAAACUUAUUUCUACUCACUGCUGUUAUGUGUGAUGGUAAACGUGUGUUCAGCAAACUUUUUUAUUUGGAGCAGGCGUACCGGAUCAUUGCUGAUGGGCACUUGAGGUGUACUUGAUUUGUGGAACAGUAGAGUACAAGCAAGUAGUAUGGUGAAAUUUGCUGUUCUUUUAGUGGUUAGGUUAACCAUGUUCAACCGCAUACUGCACAGAAUGCUUUUUUUCUUAAAUGCUGUAGCUUCCUCUUCAGUUUGGCAACACUGUUUGAAAAGGUGUGCAGAAUAACGAAGUAAGGCACGAGCUUAUGCAAUGUUCAAGUGACUACUUGCCCUUUUCUUGGUUAUGUCUGAAGGCUGCUUUGCCAUGAAGCAAACAUCGGGAAAGUGGCGCUCACACAAGAGAAAAUAGUUUUCUAGUGCAAGAAGCACUGCUCUUUGCAAUGUAAGUGUAGGCCAGUGAGUAGACUUUUUCCAACUCUUAUGUAGUUUAGGGGAGAGAAAUGUACAGGAAUGGGCAAAAGCAUAUCAAUAAUGCUUCUGCAUUGCAGUGAGAGCUCUUAAUGGAAAGGUUUCUAGGACCAGUGCUAUUCAACUUAUUUGCCGUAGUUUAUGCAUGAAUGAAUACUAAGGUAUUGUUUUUAAGUUUAUAUACAUUCAAACCUCGAUAUAACAAACCUCGAUUUAACGAAAUUCGCGAUGUAACGAACUAUUAUUAUUUCCCCAUCGUAGUUCUAUUGAAUUAACGAAACCUCGAUAUAACGAAGUUUUAAGCUGCAAGUACAUCUUCGUUAUAUUGAGGUUUGACUGUACACCCAGAAAGACAUGUAACCCCAGCACACAACUGUGUUAAACAUCCAAUGCUUGAAAUCAACGUAUGGCAAGCUUUUUAUGUCAAUGAUGGCAGUGUUCUUUUAAAUAGCAAAGCUUUCCUUUAUUUUAUAUGAAGUCCGAAAGUAGGCCUUGGGCUGCUCUUUUUAAUAUUGUCCGACAUGACAGAAACGAAAUAUCUGGUAACUGAUCCAGCACUUAUAGUGGCUAUAAUUGUGUGAAUCUAUGCACUUAUUUUACCAUAAACCAGAAUGUUGGAAGAUGGAAAGGGAGCGACGUUCGCACUCUUCUGGGAAACUGGCAUUGUCAGCACUGAACUCUUGUAAUUCUUAUUUUACCAUAAACCAGAAUGUUGGAAGAUGGAAAGGGAGCGACGGUUCGCACUCUUCUGGGAAACUGGCAUUGUCAGCACUGAACUCUUGUAAUUCUUAUUUUACCAUAAACCAGAAUGUUGGAAGAUGGAAAGGGAGCGACGGUUCGCACUCUUCUGGGAAACUGGCAUUGUCAGCACUGAACUCUUGUAAUUCUUAUUUUACCAUAAACCAGAAUGUUGGAAGAUGGAAAGGGAGCGACGUUCGCACUCUUCUGGGAAACUGGCAUUGUCAGCACUGAACUCUUGUAAUUCUUAUUUUACCAUAAACCAGAAUGUUGGAAGAUGGAAAGGGAGCGACGGUUCGCACUCUUCUGGGAAACUGGCAUUGUCAGCACUGAACUCUUGUAAUUCUUGCUAAAUUGGAGUUAAGGCCAGUGGUGUGGUGGUUUUUUGAGAAAGCUUUUAGACUUUAAUGACGUUAUUUGACUGGCAAUCUUCAUUGCACCAGUACGAUACUGUCUUGUGCUUAGUUAAUUCAGUUGUUGCUGCCCUGUUCUUCAACUGCAGUUUUUUCACUUGCGUUGAGUGUCUGGCCCAAUGCAGGUUCAGGAAAAAACACACAGUAUUGAAGAACAGUGUAGUGGCAUUGAAUGGCUGUGGCAUGAAAGAUGCGAUUUCAUUUGUUUUCAGUUUUGUUUUGUCCCGCUGUUACUUGAGCAUGUGAUGCACUGUUAACUACAUUUUGUACCAAGGUGCGCAUUGUUAUUUAAGCAGUUCAUUCCUGUUAUGUAGUGUCAUAGCUCUUCUUUUCUUCUGAUUUUGCUUUGUGUUCUAGUAGAAGUUGCAUUUUCUGUUGUCACAGCUUUUUCUCCUUUGUGUAGCAAGUGUGUGGCUCUUAGAAAAUAGGGGUAAUUUUAUUAAAACUGCUGCUUUCCCCUUGUAAAAAAUUGUGUGCCUUGUGGCCUCAUUGCCUGGUCUGGCACACAAAAGCAUUUCCGAAACUUGGCAACUCUGUUUGUAGUGCUUAGUUUUUGCUUUGAAGAUGGAGGUAAUUGUGUUUCUGCAGUAAAAGUGUUUACAAGCAACAUUGA